CGCGCCAUGAUCGUCCGCGUGCGCACGCGCGACGGUACCGAACGCAUCACGGUCCCUUCCUCCGACAUCACCGUCGCGAAACUCAAAGAAAUCCUCGAAACCGAGCUGAAAGUGCCGAAAGACGAGCAGAUUCUCUCGACGUCGCUCGAUGUGCUGACGAGCAAAACACCGGAAGAAUUCAAAGAUAUGGCGAACGGAAGGGCGAAGAUCGCGUCGUGCGGAAUCGACACGAACGGGGCGGUGGUACACUUGAUGUAUGGGUGCGAAAGAGAGCCGACGAAGACGACGGCGGCGGUGCGGGACGCGGCGAGAGGACUCACGGGACGAAAGAUGACCGUCGACGACAUGAUCGCGGCGCAAGUACGGAUCGAAAGGCAAGAGGCGCCGCACUGCGUGAGCGUGUCGUUCGAUGCGAACGCGGCGAAUGUGUUUCAGAGCUACGUGAAUUAUACGUUGGGAUUUAAACAGGUGAGGUUCGGAUGGUUGUACGGCGCGCGAGACGACGACGGGAAGACUCGGGUGGACGCGAUUUACGAGCCAGAGCAAGAGGGCACAGAGGAAGAUGUGGAGGUGUUGGAAGACACGCUCGAGGAUGAAAAGGCGGACGCGCUCGCGGGUGCGUUGGGAAUGAUCCGUGUGGGGUGCAUAAUCAGUACGCCGAAGGAUGAACGCGACUUUACGCUGAGCGCGAGAGAGGUGUCGCGCGUCGCGCGGUUGCAGUCAAAGUUCGGCAAGGAGUUUGUCACCGCCGUGGUGAGCACGUUCGAAGACGAAGACGACAACUGGCAGGUGUCUUUCGAGGCAUUUCAGCUGAGUGAUGCGGCGAUGAAGGUUCAGGAGCGUGGUUGGUUCACCGGUGAGUGCGGCGUCGACGAGGAUGGAGACGAGUUGAAGGGAGUAUCCAAGCUCACGAACGAGGUCAUCGUGCGUGACGGUCCGAGCAUCAACGACGUGAAUGCAGUUGAUAACGACAUGUUUCUCGUCACCGUGCCGAUCUUGGACCACGAAGGCGCGAUUUCAACUACGUUUCCCGUCGAGAACCGUUUGCAUCCCGUGCAAACCGUCGACGAUUUAAAGGACGCAUUGCGCAAAGACAAACCGUACGGAGAACGAUUGCGCGAUUUCCACUUACUCUUGUUCUUGGCGAAGCACAUCGAUAUCAACGAAUUAGCUGUUAUUGCAAGCGCGGUGCAUCACGGCGAAGACGUUCCGGAGGGCUACACGUUACUCAUUGAUUGUUUGGCUGGUCUGGCGUAG